AUGCCAAGAAGUUACUAUGAUUUUAUCUUAAAUGAAAGUCUUGAUGUUCUUAUACUAGAACAUAAUGAGCCUUCUACCUAUAAUCAAGCGAUGAUGGGUCCAGACUCCAUAAAAUGGCUUGAGGCCAUGAGGUCUGAAAUGGAUUCGAUGGUUGAAAAUCAAUUCAGUGGGAGUAAAGUAACAUUUUUAGUCUUGUAUGUGGAUGACAUACUACUUAUUGGGAAUGAAAAUCCGAUGCUAAAGUCUGUCACAGAAUGGUUGGAGAAACGCUUCUCAAUGAAAGACUUAGGAAAUGCCGAAUUCAAGAUGCAAGAUUCUAAAAGGGGAUUUUUAUCCAUUCAACAUGGCAUAUAUCAUAGCAAGACACAAUGUCCUAAAACACCUAUUGAGCUUGAUAAAAUGACCAAAAUCACAUAUGCUUCUGCUAUUGGAUCUAUCAUCUUUAAGUCUCAAUUGGGUUAUGUCUUCAUCCUUAAUGGAGGAGUUAUUAGCUGUAAGAGAUCCAAGAAGGAUAUAGUAGCAGAUUCUACAAUAGAGGUUGAGUACAUUGCUGCUAGUGAAGUAACGAAGGAGGCCGUUUGGAUAAGGAAGUUCCUAAAUGAACUAAGCGUUGUUCAUAACAUUUUAAAGCCUAUUGACAUCUAUUGUGACAAUAAUGGUGCCAUAACCCAGACAAAGGAACCAAAUCCAUUGAGAAAUCAUAUGCCUAGGCCCAAACAUGAAAGUCACACUAGGGCUAAGGGUCUCAAGCACAUUGGAGAGUGA